UAGACGUAUCAAUUAGAUCGACCAAAAUAAACUACAAGUGUAUUCCAUUCGUAGAACGCUAAGAUUGCGAAACUCCUCUAUCAAUUUUGAAUUAUUGACUAUCGCUUUCUAUUACAAAUAAUUUUUUUCGAAUAUGAAUAUCCCCGAACCUUUAGUUUCUGUUGAUUUUGAAGUAUUCGGCAAAGUUCAAGGUGUAUUCUUCACAAAAUAUCUCAAAGAAAUGAGUGAACAGUUGGCACUAAAUGGUUGGUGUAAGAACACUAAACAAGGAACAAUAUGUGGGAAAAUUCAAGGACCUAAGCCAGGAAUAGAUCACAUGGUUGUCUGGCUAACUAGUAUAGGAUCACCUGGUAGUGUAAUCGAACGUUGUAAUCUAACCAAUUGGCAAACACUAGCAAAACCAGAAAUUAAAGGAUUUUCCAUAAGGUUUUGAUUUGAUCUUUGUAUGUUCUAUAGGUCAAUAUCUACAAUAUAAUGAAUAAGAAAUAGUCAAAUGAGUUGAUAAAGUGUAUAAAUUUCCAAUAAUUUACUUAAGUAAAAUCGAAAGAAAUCUCUUUGGAUUUUAUUUCGAAAAUUGUAUGUAAUUUUCAAAAUUAGUGAAAAAGUUGAAGAAAAGUUAAAAAAUCAUAUUCAAUAAUUUCUAUUUGAACACUGAUCGGCUUAUUCAACUAUUUCUGAAUACCCUAUCAAGUAAUAAUUUUGUAUACUGUUAUUUCUUAGGAUUAGUAAAUAAAAAUGAUUCGUAUUCUUGAAA